AGUCUUUCAACUGCUUCUCUCCGAGCUUUUCUAGGCAAACCACAGAAAUCAAGAGUAUAUCAUGUCCUCUCCUAGAAGCGCUCGUGGGACGCCACGAUCAACUAGAAGGAGAGCAUUACAGCCUAUCCAAGAUGACUCUCAGGGAACAGCUUCUAACUUUGGAGAGUCUGCGUCGAGUCCACUGAAGCAGACAUUUUCUUCUUCAGCUCUGCCUCGCACAUCCGGGGUGGACUCUGACGUUGAAAAUCAAGGACUGCCGCGGCCGUCCCGCGCCUCCCCCGGACUUUUCCCUUCCGAUGCUCUUAGUUCAUCCCCAAACAGACCUGCGGCCUCCAGACAGCGAAGGACUGUUGAUCCUGGAAGUGAUGCUUUUUUACCGCCUACAUCUCCAGCAAGAAGUCGAGCAGCAGACGGUGUCGGGUCUCCCCUUAUCUAUCCCCCUUCGUCGGAGACCGCCGAGCCCCAAGCGGAAAGACAACUGAGCACUGACUUGUUCUUCUCGCAACCUGCAACACAGGGUUCCAGUCAACGUAAUCGUCCUGCAAGUUCCACCCCACGCCAUCGUCGUGGUGAUGUGACCGGAAACAGGUUCUUUGAGCGCAUAUUGAGUCAAAGUGACCAGGGAUCGCAGGGUGAUGCUCCUCCUCGUGAUCUCAUGAGUGACAUUCAAGGACCAGCGGUUCCUUCUUCAACUACCAAUGCCACAUCAGAUCCGGCGGCCAUCCGAAUGGUCAUCUGGGGAACGACCGUCAAUAUUGCUGAGUCCAUGCAGAUGUUCCGGGAUUUCAUUACGAAUUUCACGCAGUCCCAACAUGCUGCAGAUGGCAAUAACGAAGAAGACAUGAUGGAUCAGGACCAUGAGCCAUUCUACCCCUACUAUCUGCGUCAACUCAAAGAAUCCGAAGACUAUAAUAUGAAUCUGGACUGCAGCAAUCUCCGAGUAUACCAGCCCGCUAGGAAGCUUUACAAUCAACUGAUCCGUUACCCGCAAGAAAUCAUCCCGCUUAUGGAUCACACGUUAACUGAGAUUUUCCUGGAUAUGUUUGAAGACGUCGAGCUGCCAGAUGGCAUGACGAUGAGGGUGCGCCCAUUUAACUUGGCAAGAUCUGUCAAUCUUCGAGAGCUGAACCCAUCAGAUAUCGAUCAACUGGUAACUGUGAAGGGUAUUCUUAUCCGCGCUUCUCCUAUCAUUCCGGACUUGAAGCAAGCUUUCUUUCGUUGUCAUGUCUGUGAACACACGGUCAUUGUUGAUAGUGAUCGUGGACGAAUUGCGGAACCCACCAAGUGUCCUAGGGACGCGUGCCAGUCUAAAAAUUCCAUGCAGCUGGUGCAUAACCGUUGUGUAUUCUCCGAUAAGCAAAUAUGUCGACUUCAAGAAACUCCGGAUGAAACCCCCGAUGGACAGACCCCACAUACAGUCUCCAUGUGCGUGUACGAUGACUUGGUAGAUGUCGCAAAAGCUGGUGACCGGGUGGAGAUCACCGGCAUCUUCCGCGGUGUUCCAGUCCGUGUCAACCCAAGGCGACGAGCCAUCAAGGCGCUCUUCAAAACCUACGUGGAUAUCGUGCACAUCAAAAGAACGGACGACAAACGGCUUGGUAUUGAUAAAAGCAUUGUUGCCGACAAUGAGCAUGUGGUACCAAUUGAAGAGGGUGAUAGAAUUCACCGAGAAGAUCCCCAUCUACAGCAGAAGAUAGAAGGGCUGUCUCAAAGGGAGGAUCUGUAUGAGCUCCUUUCGAGAUCCAUUGCUCCGUCCAUUUUCGGAAUGGAAGAUGUAAAGAAGGGCGUGCUUCUGCAACUAUUUGGAGGUGCGAAUAAGUUUUCGAAGGACAAGCCGGGAUCUCCCAGAAUCCGUGGGGACAUCAAUAUUCUAUUGGUGGGUGAUCCUGGUGUGAGCAAGUCCCAACUGCUUCAAUACAUCCACAAGAUUGCACCUCGUGGGGUGUACACCUCUGGCAAAGGAUCAUCUGCAGUCGGUCUAACCGCUUACGUGACUCGCGACCCAGACAGCAAGCAGCUCGUUCUGGAGAGUGGCGCCCUUGUACUCAGUGAUGGUGGGGUGUGUUGCAUUGAUGAGUUUGAUAAGAUGUCAGAUUACACACGAUCCGUAUUGCACGAAGUUAUGGAACAACAAACAAUAUCCGUUGCAAAAGCCGGCAUUAUCACGACCCUCAAUGCGCGGACAUCAAUUCUUGCGUGUGCGAAUCCCAUCAACUCGAAGUUCGAUGAAAAGUUGCCUGUGGUGGAGAAUGUGAACCUCCCCCCGCCGCUAUUGUCAAGGUUUGAUUUGACAUAUCUUAUCCUGGACAAGCCGGAUGAACGCGAUGAUCGACGACUAGCCCAGCAUCUGGUCGGAUUCUAUCUGGGAGAAGGGGAUAUUGCACCACGACGAGAGGAACAGGAAUUUGUGCCUGUGGAGUUGUUCACGAAAUACAUCAACCAUGCCCGAUCAAAAAUCAAUCCUGUCAUAUCAGAGGAGGCUGGGGAGGCAUUGAUCGACUUUUACGUGAAGCUCCGAAAUAUGGGCAAAGACGGUGGAAGCAGGACGGUAACAUUCACCACCAGACAGCUGGAGAGUAUGAUCCGGCUUGCGGAAGCACAUGCCAGAAUGAGGUUGUCUCCUACGGUCGAGAAAGGGGAUGUCGAGGAAGCCAACCGAUUGGUCAUUACUGCUCUACAAACUGCUGCAAUCGAUCCGAAGACCGGCAUGAUCGAUUUAGAUCUUGUGAACACGGGAAUCAGUUCGAGGAGUCGCCGGGUGCACGCCGAUAAACGGAGAGCUCUUAAGGAUAUGUUGGCAAAUACUGAUAAAGUCAAUAUCAAGUGGGUAGAGGCAUAUCGAGGGUUUAACGAACAAACUGAUGAGCACAUUACAGAGUACGACUUCAAUACAUUGCUCGAAGAGCUUUGCGACGAAGGAUUUAUUCACAUCACUGGGAGGACGAAUGGUGAUAAGAUCAUCCGCAAAUCCGGAAGCCACUGAACAGCGCUACUUUUCGAAGCUUUUUUCUUUGUAUAUCGUGACGAUUUCGAUUUCUUAUUUUGUGUAUAGACCCGUUAAUGAAUAUCCUGUUUUAAACAAUGUGACUUGGGGAUAAACUAAAUUAUAUUCUGUGUGCGUGUGCUGGAG